AUCCCAAGUGCUCUUCUCGCCUUCCCCUUCUUGACCAGGUGACACGCAGCCGAAUUUCAUCCUUGUCGUGCCGGUCACAUCGCAAUAGGACGCCCGCUUCCAGCCAGCUGUCACUACUAGUCUGCUCGUUCAACAUGUCUAAAAGCUACAACAUCGUCGUUUUGCCCGGGGAUGGUAUCGGACCAGAAGUGACUGGAGAAGCGGUUCGUGUGCUGCAACACGUAGCUUCCAAGUCUGGCUUUCAGCUAAAUUUGGAAAGCCACGACUUUGGCGGUAUCGCCAUCGACAAUCACGGCAAGCCUUUGCCGGAGAGCACCAUCAAGGCGUGCGAAGCUAGCGAUGCAAUGCUUCUUGGCGCUGUUGGAGGACCCAAGUGGGGCGUGGGAAAAGUGCGACCUGAGCAAGGCCUCCUGGCUCUUCGUGUCCAUUUCGAUCUGUACGCCAACGUCCGACCAGCGCUUUUCCCUUCCAAGUCCCUCUUGCACCUUUCUCCGCUCAAGGAGAAGAUCGCCGAGGGAACAGACAUCAUCGUUGUUCGAGAGCUAGUCAAGGGUCUGUACAUUGGAGAAAAGACGGAGGCUGAUUUGACACCUGGAGCAGAUGGAGAGGCUGCAGAUGUGAUGAGGUACAACAGAAAGGAUGUGGAGAGGAUUACGCGACUGGCAGCGUAUUUGGCCCUGCAAAAGAGCCCACCCAGCAAACUUCAUAGCAUCGACAAGGCAAACGUCUUGGCUUGCUCAAGACUCUGGAGACACGUCGUUCAAGAGACGGUCGACAAUGAGUUCAAAAAGGAUGGCAUCGAGGUGGACCACCAGCUCGUCGAUUCUGCCGCCAUGGUCAUGGUGUCCAACCCGAAGAAGCUGAACGGCAUUGUCCUGACUGAAAACAUGUUCGGCGACAUUCUCUCGGAUGAGUCAUCUGUCAUCCCAGGUGCUCUCGGACUUUUGCCCUCCGCUUCUCUCUCCGGUCUGCCAGACGGCAAGCAAAAGUGCCGCGGACUUUACGAGCCAAUUCACGGAUCCGCUCCCGACAUUGCAGGCAAAGGAUUCGCAAACCCUAUCGGCACGAUUUUGAGCGCUGCUUUGCUCCUUCGCUACUCUCUCGGAGAGCUCAAAGCUGCCCAAGCCAUCGAGGAUGCGGUGAGAAUCGUCUUGGAUGCCAAGGCUGAUGGAGGCCAUGAGCUCAGGACUAGAGACCUCGGUGGUACGGCAAACACGAAGGAUGUGGGAGACGCUGUCAUCAAGGCCCUUGACUCUAUCUUCUGAGGGCUGCGAGCGACGCGAACAAGUGGAGAAGAAAGGCGACUGAGCACCAAGGCGAACGCCUCAAUCGCACCUUUGCGGACGAGACGUGAUUCGCAAAACGGAAAGCCCUUCAGGCACAAAUGUCGCAGGAAAUAGAGAUGCGAUUCGAGUGCAAAGGCGAGAGCAGCCUCAGACCAUGUGCAUCACGCUGCAAAUGGCGCCAAGCGAGC